AGGCAAUAAAUGUUGAAAAAUGGUGGAAUAACAUUUUACAGAUAUUCAGCGGAGUCCUCCGCAAGUCGGUACUGUGAUUUCUUGGAUUGACAUGUGACAGAUACGUUGUAUGAGAUAUUAAAUUACACUCACUGAGUCCCUUGCAAUGUGAAGGCUACACCCUAUAAUCAACCAUGGGGGACCGUUUCUUCCUGGUAGUAGCGGUGUCCACAUUUGCCCUGGGCGUUACCUUGUUUCUGGUUUCCAUAUCAAGUACAUCUUGGCAGGGUCUUGAAGGUGCCGUGUCCAUCUCUUUGUGGAAAGUCUGUUUCCAGAUGCAUAUUGCAAAGACGUGGGCAUGCAAUUCUUGGCAUGAAAUACCAGACUUUGUGCGGUCCUCCCAAGUGUUUUGUAUUAUCUCUCUUCUCUGCUACAUCGUGUGCAGUGUCAUCUUGAUUGCAGCCUUUGUCCUUCGCUGUCUUCAUCGCUCACGGGUCGCUCUGAUAAUUCUCUCUCUGCUCACGUUUACAUCUGCAUGUAUGAUAGCUAUGGCAGUGGUUGUCAUGGGGAUGAAAGGCCGGGACUAUUUACUGUCGAUGAAAGAGGAUCCAGAUAAGAUAUACAGGUAUUUCUUAAACGGGAUCAAGAUAAACGGAUACUACCAAAUCGGCUGGGCCCUAAUCUUGGCAAUUGUCGCCUCUCUGGUCAACUAUAUCAGUUUUGCAUUCUUCUUGCUGGAGUACAAAGACAUGACUGAUGAACCACGGCCAACAAAAGUGUAGUUCUGAAAUAUAAGUGAAAAGUUGUGUAUAACUACAUGAAUAGGAAUAAUGCAAUAGACAUUUAAGUUUGUCGACAAGAAACUCACAUGUAAACGUGGUCAGUGUAUUUUGACCCCACGGUGAUAUAACGUGUACUGAUAAUUAUGUACAAUACAAGGAAUAGUGCAAUAGAAAUUUAAGUUUGUCUGCUAAAAACUCGCAUAUGAACGUGGUCAGUUAGUUUUGACCAAAAGGUGAUAUACGUGUACUAGUCAUGUUUAAUUUACGAGUUAUAUAAAGAAAAAAGGAUGCUAAAAUUUGGGACAUAAACUACAUCCAAUGGAAUGUUGAAGACUAUAAAUAGGAAAUCUUUUGCACACAAUAUGCUCCCAUGUUAAUAGUUCAGAACCAUAACGUACAUGUGCUUUCAUGAUACAAAACAUGGCCUAACGUUCAAACGUAACAGAAACGAGCUCUUUGUCUGGUAGUUGUUCAGUUCUGAAUAGGCAAUAGCAAGAAGAAAACUAUGGCAUCUUCACUCUGCGUUGCAUUUUUUUUUAAAGUGGACCAUUUGAAGGCCCGAGCGCGAGUAUAAAUCAGCUUACACACCACCACCAUUUUAUCAAUAUAUGUUAAUUUAAGCAUCGACGUGUGCUAUCCAUUUAGUGCAUAGGGAUUUGACACCAGAUGAUACCAUUGCAAGAAAAAAAGAUAAUUAUCAACAACUUACAUAAAGUUGAUAUCGCUGUGUACAACGCAUUUAAUCUAACUUACUGGUGUAUCACAUCGCUUACGUCAGUUUUUGUAUCUGUACUAAUCACGGGAACGUCACCUGCUAAAUAUACACACAAUAAACUUGGAAACCAGUACGCGCUAUUUUAAAACGAGUAAACUCAGCUGAAUCGGCGAUAAAAAUGUAUUUUAAUGAACUAUGAAACAUGAAACAUUUUAGUUUGAUUUAACGCCUAUUUUAACAUAAAUACGUAUUCAAAGGCGUUGUACAAAUAAAUAAAAUAAAUGCAAAAGCAAGUUAAUAGAAUCAAUGCACAUUAUACUGCUAAACUGUUACAAGUUAAAAAGUAAAAAACAAUCUGAAAUAAUUCUAAUAAAUUUCUUAUAAAGUCCUAAAAAAUCAUUUAUUAAACUCACCAUGAUGCAGGUUCGUAAUAAAAUAAUGCAUUCAUGACUUAGGAAAAUGUAAACAGUAAACGUAAGGUUAUACAAAGUAGAAAUAAAAUCAGUUCUUUUAUACACUUUCGUUACUAUCACAGUCACUACAGUCUCUAAAAUAAUGCAUAAAAGUCUCAAAAGUAAUGUGUUUUCAAUUUCUUCUUAAAAGUUUGUACAGUUUCUGAGUUUCUGAUACUAAGAGGCAACUCAUUUCACAAUUUUGGUCAUAAUGGCACAACUUUACACCCGCUAACCGGAUCGUAAGUUCCUUGUAGGGGUCUGUUUUGUUAGAAUCUCUGUAAGGUAGUCAGGAGAAUUACCAACAGAGCAGUUGUACAUGAAGGUUAACAUUUUGAAUGUAAUUCUGGCUUUGAUUGGUAGCCAAUGCAGGUCAAAAAGACCUUGUUUGGAGCUGUUAAAUUUCUUCCGAUUCAGAACUAGUUUGGCACACAUAUUUUGAAUACGGUGCAUUUUGCUAAUCUCACUCUGUGCGAUUCCGUAGAGGAUUACAUCACAUAAGUCAUAUAAAAUAGUGAAUACUCGACCUUAAACUAGCCGUAUUUAUAAUUCUAUGCUUAUAUUGGCGAUUUUGGAACCACCUGGUGUCUAGUCCCUUAUAGCAGUUUUUAUUUGAAACCCGGAGCGAUGAUAAAUAUAGCCAUGUGGAGCGAAUGCUCGGAUUUUGUUAUUUUUCACUUAUAUUUUCGUCGUCAAAAUAUGUUGUUUUGUUUAACGUUUGUUAAAAAGUUUUUUUUGAGUAAAAAACGUGCGAAUAGAAACGGAGAAGGAAGUUUGCUCAUAUAAUUGGUGAAAAAUAAGACUUUUGUGAAUAAAUACUUCCUGCAGGACCAAGAAAAACCUAAUAUUUUGUACUUGGACAUAAAAUAAAUGGAAUUUUUAAAAACGG